AAUGUCGGAUAGUAUCAUUUUUGUUGCAACUUGUUUCUUCCUGGCCCGUGGCGGUGCGACCUACAGCCAUGGCACCCCGGACAGUGCGUGUCGAACGAUGCUACCAGGGCACGGGGUCGAACCCCAGACCUCCAGCUCCCCAUAUACGAUUUUUGUGACGGCGGAUACCUACCAUCCCGAGAAACCCUUAAAAGUCAUAUUAUUCGCUAUCGGAUCGACAGCAGAGUUCUCCGGUUUCCUUCUACAAGCUCGUCAGGUCAACUCCGAGAGGAUAUGCGGGAGUUUCCUGAUUCCAGACCACGCGGCCGACAUCCAACAUCGAACUUGUCAGCGCAGGGACGACACUGUCACACACUCCAAGUGCUUCAGAGCCAAAAAUGUCGAGGUCAUAUGGUAUCCGCCGCUGCACAAUUACGGCCUUAUUAAGUUCCAUGCGACGAUCGUUUUCAACAAGACGACAUUCUGGAGCCAAAUCGAGUCGAGCCAGGCGCUGAAACCGGACCAAGACUUCAUGCACUACUCAGGCCUCGAAGAUAACGCCACCUACCCUCACAAUCACUCGGCGCCGUGGGUGUGGUCGGACGAGUACAGGAUGAGGUCUAGUGGCGCCCCCUUGCGCCCUGUUUGGUCCAGCCUCGUUUUCGUCACGCUGGUCGUCUGCCUUUCACGUUGCUUGAGAAGCUACAAUCAUAUCGGAGGGGAAAUAGCCUGAGACUUUUUUAUCGAGGGCGACAUAUAUACCAACUGUAUACGCCAUUCUAUAGACUAGCAUAAUACCCGUGGCGCGGGUUGUUUUAGGGUGUUGGCUUACUGUGGGGUUGGGGCAAUUUGGGUGAAAUGAAAUGAUAUGUCUGGGGGUUGGGAUGUUGUCUGAACUUCACCACUCUUCAAAGUGGUCUCGAGUUAUUUUGACGAACUAUUUCGCGAAUGGUGAAGAGGCAAUGGCGUGAAGUUACGAACUUAGUACACCAAAUGCCGCGAGCAUAGUGGGUGGCAAGCACCAAACGGAGGAAGUAGUUCGCCUAGGGUUUUUUCGACACCCUCCACACGGACUCCACUCGUUCCGGAACACUCACCUGCAUGUUAAUCUGCAGUGGUUAGCCUGUUUUCAUUGCAGUAAAGAAAUGUUAAUCGGGAUUUUAUAUUAUAUUUUAUAUUUGCCCCGGGUAUUGUAUCACGUGAUGAAUUCCAAUACGGUACUUGGAAAAAUUAAGAGUGAUUAACUUUCCCGCCUUAUUUUCGUAUAAUCCCACACUUUUGAUUCAAUAGAUGGCCUAUAUGCAAAUUUAGACCUGCUGAAAUGGUCCCUUAUGUUGAUGAGUAUGCCCAUAUAUAGAAAGAACAAAAAAUGCUAUUUCUCCAAGAUCGCUGCAAAGUUUAACCAUUUAACCCGGCGAGGACCAUCUCCAUAUCAACCACGACUUUCAGGAAAGGUUUCGAGGUCAUCAGAUCUGAACUGACGGAGGAGAUGUGUGACAAACUAUUUCAGCUCUACGUCCAUUAUAGUAGUGAUAGUGAGAAACGGACCAGUGCUUUAUACCGAGUAUGAUGAUUAGAGAAAAAAAACACCGUUGUCUGCGUCACCGUUCAUUUGAAGUUCACCAUAACUAUUGUAUAGUAGCACUAUUGUAGCAGUAUUGUAGAUGUCUAGUAUCUUCGAUUCAAAAAGGUUGAGAAAAUCCAGUACAUUUUGUGUUAAGGAAGUAAAGAAUAAAGA